AUGAGCAAACGUGUUCCUGGGAAUUACGGAUCAGCUAAGAAACCCUGGAUAGGAUUAUCGCCGCCGGGACUCGUUGAUACAGCCGCCGAUGACGACCAUGAAGAUCGUGGAUGUGUGAAACGAGGGGAAUCACUGGAAACUUCUGUGCUGAGGCACACGUCACGUGAAGAUGGGCCAUCUAAGAUAAGUAGGGGUUUCGCAAUGGUAGGCGUGGUCCAUAGCAUAAGUCCAUAACG